CGCCCGCUCGGACACACCCACUCUCUGCUAUACGUUCUUCUAAUAUUCUGCAAUGCUUCGCAUAGGCUUCGUCUCCGCUGCCCGCCCUCUCGCGAGCUCUGCCUUCUCACAGGCAGCCCGGAAUCCGCAGAUGGCCAGCUUCCGCCUUUACAGCAGCCUCCGGCCAAACGUCCUGGGCUCCUUCAAACGAUCACCGCUCUCGCCGUCCUUCUUCACGCGACAGUCGCGAACUUUCAUCACCGACGCGAACCCUGUGGUCUACAAGCCGUCCCAGGCGGAAUCAUGGAAGCGGUUUGGAAUCACUGCCGCUACUGUUGCGGGCACAAUUGUGGGAGUGAACGUGUUCCUCAACCGGGAAACGCGCGACGGCCUCUCUGCAGCUGAGCAGUCGUACCUGCACCAGAGCUUCCAGUACACCGGUGGAGGGCUCGCCAUUACUGCCAUUGUCGCCCGGACACUGUUCAAGAAUGGCUUCGCCUUCCGUCUUAUGUCGGCGAACCCGUGGGUCGUGCUCGGUGUCAGCCUGGUCGGUUCCAUUGGGACGAUGAUGGGAGCUAUGUACACUCCCCCAGAGAACACUGUCUUGAAGCAUGCCUUCUGGCUGGGCUUCAACGCUUGCCAAGCGGCUACCCUUAGCCCGCUCUUCUUCUUCAGCCCCGCCAUCCUGUCGCGUGCCGCGCUCUACACCUGCGGUGUUGUCGGCUCGCUGUCCUACGUUGGCGCGACCGCCAAGAACGACACCUACCUGUACAUGGGUGGUCCUCUUCUCGCUGGCGUAACGGUUGUCGCUCUGAGCUCGCUUGCUCCUAUGGCCCUUCCCCUCGGCAUGCGUGGACUGGCUAUUACUGAGGCUAUCUCCCUGUACGGCGGUCUUGCGGUAUUCAGCGGCUUUGUCCUCUACGACACCCAGAAAAUCUUGCGCAAUGCCCGGUUGGCUGAGGCAGGCAAGAUUGCCAAUGACCCCCUGAAGGAGUCGAUUGCCCUCCAGUUGGACAUGAUCAACAUCUUCAUCCGAAUGGUACAGAUUCUUGCCCAGCAGCAGUCGCGGAAGUGAGCGAGAGUCAUCACGCCUUCUUGUAUCGAUCGUAGCACAUUUGUAACAGGCUUUCGUAUUGCAUUCCGACCCCUGUAAUUAGUAUAUAUGUUUGCAUCAACAUCACUCUCC